CUCUUCACAAACAAUUUCGUCUUCUACUUUAUUCACACCUUCACUUAAACCCUAAUUACCUCGUCAUUCAUAUUGCUAAAAGAAAAUGUUAGUGUAUGUAAAGAAAUAUAGAACAUUACCUCCAUGAAUUUCACUGAUAUGGGCUCUGCCAAAUUUACCUACUUUUCAAUCAUUUUCUACUCUCAAAUUAAGCCCUAAUUUCAGAGUGAAAACCCCAAUUCUUUACUCAUUUGAAAUACCACAUAACGAAGGGGGAAACUUAUCUUUAUCUUUCAUUCUUCUGUCUUCUCCCGAAGGCCCAGAAAGUACGAGAAAAUAAAGAGCAAGCGUGGAAAAUUUUCUCAACACAGCAGCAGAGAAGAGAAACUUGCUCCAGGUAGUUUUCCACACAAAAUCAAUGGCAGCCUUCAACAUCUCUUCAGCUACAAUCUACCGUACAUCGUCUUCAUCUUCAUCUUCAUCAUCUUUGUCUUUAUCAUCAAAGCUGUCGGUUCUCCCAAUGCGGUGUGCUCCUCCAAGGCCUUACCGUUCUAGAUUCUCAAAGAUACUUGCGUUUACGAGCAAUGAUAUCAAGGUGGGUUCCAGCAUUGAGGUAGAUGGAGCUCCAUGGAAAGUUUUAGAGUUUCUUCAUGUGAAGCCUGGGAAAGGGGCAGCAUUUGUAAGGACCAAAAUGCGCAAUUAUGUAACGGGAAACACUGUUGAGAAAACUUUUCGAGCUGGUUGUUCGAUAGAUGAGGCCGAUGUGUACAAGGAGACCAAGCAAUACACAUAUAAAGAUGGUGCACAGUUUGUCUUCAUGGACCUGAGUACAUUUGAAGAAAUUCGACUUAAUGAGUCUGAUGUUGGAGAGAGGACAAAGUGGCUGAAAGAGGGCAUGGACUGCAAUGUGCUAUUUUGGAAUGGAAAGAUUAUUGAUUUUGAACUCCCCAUUACAGUCAAGCUGACUGUUGUCGAUGUUGAUCCUGGCGUUAAAGGUGACACCGCACAAGGUGGAUCGAAGCCAGCAACUCUCGAUACAGGUGCUGUUGUCAAUGUCCCUCUGUUUGUAAAUAUAGGCGAUGAAAUAUUGGUGGAUACAAGAACUGGGGAGUACAGGAGUCGCGCAUAGCCUAAGAGAUCCCUUAUCUCUCGUCAUCUCAACAAGAUUCUACCCUUAUAUGUUUUUGUUAACUACCAAUGCACUGUACCCAUUGAAUGCAAGGAAAAUAAAUUAGAGAGGCUAGAUAGUAAAACAGUUGUAAUCUUAUUUUUUCUACUUUACAUUGUCUGAUUGAUAUGGUGAACUCUUUUUUUAUGUCAGAAGGGAAAUUCACAUUCAUUUCAUAAGACA